AUGCUACAAGGUGUUCCUAUGGUCUUUACCGAAUCACGACACCGUCUAUGCAUGUGGCAUAUAAUGAAAAAACUACCCUCCAAGAUCUCUGCCGACGUGCUCGAUAACACUGAUCUUCGGUCCUGCAUUCACCGGUUGGUUUGGAAUGUUUAUAUCAAACCUGAAACGUUUGAGUCCCGCUGGAAUGACCUCCUACAAACAUUUGGGCUUCAAGACCACAGCUGGUUGAACGACAUGUACAACAUCAAACAUCUAUGGGUACCAGCCUACUUCAGGGAACUGCCCAUGUGUUGCUUAAUGAAGACCACCUCCCGCUGCGAAAGCUCUAACGCUGCCUUCAAGGUCAACUCAACAAGCGCAAACACCCUUGUACAAUUUAUGAUGUGCUUUGAAAAUAGGGUAGACAGCCAACGAUAUCGUCAACGUGUAUCGGAGUACAAAACCUCAUCCACAAUGUUCACUGGCAAUACUGAUUUAGCGAUAGAACAGCACGCGUUCGCCAUUUACACAAACGCUGUUUUCGCGCAAGUUCAAAAAGAGAUAAUUAAAGGGAAGUUUUUAUGCUACAUCACAAACCAAACCGAGCCCAGCAAUUCCAGUCUUCUGAUAGACGUCACUCAUUUGGAUAAAAGGAACAACAUCACAAACGUCUAUCAGGUUACGUAUAACACUGUAGACCAAUCUGCCAGUUGCUCAUGCAGGAAUUUCACACGUAUCGGAUAUCUGUGUCGUCAUGUCUUUUGCGUCUAUCGAUUGAAAAAUGUUGAAAGGAUUCCACCACAAUACAUAAACGAUAGGUGGCGUCGAGAUGCCCUCCCCAAACAGGUUUUUUCAAUUUCCAGUCGAUACGGAGUCAACCCACACGCACCGUCCGUUAUGCGGAAUGAAAUCCUCGACCUCGUUACUGAAUGCGUUGAUGUGGCCAGAACCGAUGAGGAUGCGUUGGCAAAAUUGGUUGACUAA